UGUGUUUGCUUUACCAUGGAUUUCUCACUGUAUAUCACUGAAAACGAUAGUGGAAUCUUUGAUGAAUUGAGUUUAAAUUAUACUAAUUAUGAAACCGUAGCCAUUGGUGGCCACAGUGACUAUGUUUGCCCUGAAGUCAGUUCAAUGAACAGAGAUACAGCUUUUCAGAAGUUUUUCAUUCCUCUGGUCUACUCGUUAGUGUUUAUAGUGGGCUGUCUGGGAAAUGGCCUUGUUCUCCUCGUUCUAUUGAAACACCACCACUUACGAUCCACCACUGACAUCUUUCUUGUCCACCUGGCCGUGGCAGACCUGCUAAUGCUCAUCACUUUCCCCUUUACUGUGGCAGAGUACUCAUUUGGCUGGAUAUUUGGAGAUUUCAUGUGCAAGUCUGUGGGAGUUUUCAGCCGUCUCAACUUCCUUUGCAGUAGCCUAUUGCUGGGAUGCAUCAGUGUAGACCGCUACAUGGCUAUCAUCCAUGCCGUUCAUGCCUUCAGAACACGUAGUGGAAUGGCUGUUUAUCUUUCCUGCUUUGGAGUGUGGAUUCUGAGCUUCCUCCUUUCGAUUCCCAACCUGUUUUUGCUAGGGACACAAAAUAAUGGCAAUCUCACUGAGUGCACUUACAGCCAGAAAAACUUCACAGAUAACAGCUGGUGGCAGGCAAAUAGAUUCAUCAUCCAUAUAGUGGGUUUCCUCUGUCCACUCUUCAUCAUGGGAUUCUGCUAUGCUCAUAUUGUGACUGCUCUGUACAAGUCAACAAGACGGGAAAAGAAAAGAGCAGUGAGGGUUGCCAUUGUCAUAACAGGUGUCUUCUUCUUAUGCUGGACUCCAUACAACAUGGCUCUUUUCUUGGAUACUCUGGAUAUCCUUGACUGGGUGCAGGAUUGCAUGUUACGGAUGCAUCUGUCCACUGCUAUCUCAGUGACUGAGGUCCUGGGCUCAGUGCACUGCUGCCUGAAUCCAUUGCUCUAUGCGUUUGUUGGGGUGAAGUUCAGAAAUGAUGCAAUGAGGGUUCUACAACAAGCGGGCUGUCUUAGUCCACGGCUGUUGGGGAAGACCCUCACACCUGAACGGAAAAGCAGCAUCAUGGACUCAGAGACUGGAACGGUCUUGUCUAGCUUUUAGCUUCAUAUGUGGAAUUCCACUGUGUACUGCAAUGAUUACCAAUUAAAAAUUUGACUUUGCCAAUGUUGUAAAAGAUCAAAUGAACGUGCUACCAGGUAAUUAUGUAGGAAGGAAUCGUCAAUUUUGUGAAUUUUUGCAGUGGCACGCCAAACAACAUAAC